GAUACAUCCAUAAGAUCAAUUCUUAGUCUUAAUCAAACUGGAUGCAUCACACAUUUAGUUAGUAAACUUCUUAGCAUUGGUGCUUGUGGCACUGCAUAUACUAAUUCUGCUGGAUUUUCUAAAGAAUUAAAGAAUAGAGAAUCAUUUUUAAAAUGGAAUACACUUUUAGAUAAGAUAGUUAAUGACGUUUUGGCUGUUUUAUGGAUCAAUAAUGGUCUGGUAACCAUGCUAUCUAUGAUUCAUGAAAUAUUUGGUGAAGAUUGUAAAGCUAUUCGUAACUGA